CGAUAUUUAAGAACGUAAUAGAUACGGAGGUACGUCCCAGCAGGACUGCGGCACGCGGCAUUAUUCCGGUUUUGAAAGUCUUUCAACGCAAUGCAAACACUUGAAAAAGCGUCCAGCUGAGCCAGUGUAGUAUAGUUUCGAAUUUAUUUUGUAUUAAUAAGGAUAUUAAUUUAUUAGAACAGAUGAUAACAGUCCGGAAUUGUGUAUUUAUUCAUUUCACAAUAAUAGAUAAACUACUGGUAAAUCUAAAAACGAUGUGAUUAUUUAAAACUUAUAUAUGACACAAACGGAAUAGUGACGGAACUACAUAGCAAAAAUAAAAAUGAUAUUCUGUGAUGGAUCUAUGGAUUUUAUGGAUGUUUACGCAUUUCUGGUUUUGACACUACUUCAAGCAGCACCUAGCUUCUGUAGUACAACUCCACCGCCAGUGCCAUGCACACCUACAAGUAUACCAAAUUCAUCUUUCCUACCUAACCAAACAUCUUUCAACGACGGCGAAACUGUGACGUAUACAUGUGAAACCGGAUAUGAGCUAACUUCCGGAACCCUCACUCUGACAUGCAGUACUGGCGGAACAUGGAUUGAAACACCUCCUACUUGCACAAUCAAAACUUGUGCUAAAGAAGAAGUAGGAAAUGGCACCGCUGACCCUGAUCAGGCACUGUACAACUACAAUACAAGCGUCACAUACUCGUGUAACUUGGGAUUCAACCACACCUCUGGAGAUUUAGUUAGGACAUGCAAUGAAACAGCCAGCUGGACAAAUGCACUACCAGUUUGUACAGUCGUUGCAUGUAUACCAGAGACGAUUACAUAUGGAAGCUAUGACCCUGCAGAUAUAACGACCGAGUUCGGCGCUACAAUAACAUAUUCGUGCAACCUAGGAUACUAUAUGAGUGCAGGAGAUAUGAAUAGAACUUGUCUUACCAAUGGGGGAUGGACUAACACUCUCCCAACAUGUUCUCUUGUACGCUGUGAUAUUCCCGACCCCGUUCAGCACUCAUCGUAUACACCAUCACUUGUUGUGAAAUUCGAUUUCAACACGGACAUAACAUAUAGUUGUGAUCUAUCAUAUAAUCAUACUGGCGGAAACCUUAUACGAACUUGCAAAGAAGACUUCAGUUGGUCUGGAACAGCUCCAAACUGCACACUUGCGAACUGUAUCCAAGAAGAUUCCACCUACAUGACCACAACGCCAAACAAAGUUCUUCACGAGUUCGAUGAAUACGUUGUUUACGAAUGCAUCGUUGGAUAUAACCACAGCUCUGGAGAUUUGAACCGUACUUGCCAACUUGACGGGAACUGGACUGGAACUACACCGGAAUGUGUUAUUGUAACCUGCGAUACAACUAUUCCUGCGCAUGCGUCAAUUAUACCGGAUGUGUCUGAGAUUAACUACAACACCUAUAUCACAUAUGCCUGUGAUCUCGGUUACAAUCAUACCGAUGGUGAUGCGACUAGGAGAUGCACUGAAAAUGCUACGUUCGAAGGAGUAGAGGCAAACUGUACAUUGAUCACUUGCGACCCACCAGAUGCUAUCAGUGACGGAACAUAUGAGCCAGUUCUGACAAGCCAUGAUUACAAUACAACCGCGAACUUCACGUGUAACCUCGGAUAUUAUCUUCUAAGCGGAAACCCUAUUCAAAGAUGUGACGAGAAUGCCAACUGGGUUAAUGAAAAACCUGUCUGUGAAAUUAUGAAGUGUCCGAAGCCGACUGAAGCUUACACUACAGUGUCUCCCAACCAAGUGUUGUACAAUUUCAACACCUCUGUUACAUCGACAUGUUUGACUGGCUACAAUAUGACAGACGGGGAUGCAACACGGACAUGUCAACACACGGGUAAUUGGAGUGGUACACCUCCAAACUGCACAAUUGUUGAAUGUGCCGCCCCUCCACCUGUAAGUGAAUCCUCGCUGAGUCCAAACAAGAAUAUUUAUGUGUAUUUGGAUACUCUAACAUACACAUGUGACACUGGAUACGAGCUUACAAGCGGAAAUGACGUCAGAACUUGUACGGAAACUGAAGAAUGGUCUGGAUCAGCGCCAAACUGCACAAUAAUCCACUGUCCAUUACCUGCUGAUGGUGUCAGAAAUACAUAUAGCCCGGCGUUGUUGGACUACGUUUGGAACGACACUGUUGUAUACACAUGUGAUAUAGGAUACAACCAUAGUUCUGGUGACCUGGUAUCAAGCUGUCUUCACGACAAAACUUGGUCUGGUACAACACCAGUAUGCAUUGUCAUUACAUGUGAUAAGAUAGACGUACCGUAUAUGACGUUUAACCCGCCCACUGCCGACACUCAUGAUUUCAAUACUACGAUUGAGUACGCAUGCGUAGACGGAUAUAAUCAUAGUUAUGGAGACUUGCUUAGAACAUGUAACUACACCCGCGAGUGGACUGGAACCCUACCAAACUGCACAAUCAUUACUUGUGACCCCCCUGAUCCCAUCGCGCACACAUUCUACGUGCCGAAUAAUCUGACCGAGCACGACUGGAAUACCUCUAUUAAUUACUCGUGCGACCCGGGCUAUCAUUACGUGUCAGGUGAAAACAUAUCUACCUGCAAUGAAAGUGGUGCAUUCCCACCCUCGGAUAUAGACUGCUCAGUUCAACAUGAGAUAACAAUUAGUUCAUCCGAGCCUGCUGUAACUUGGUUUAACACAACCACCAACGAAAUAAGCACGGUAUUCGAUUUUGACGGAAUGUGUGACGUCACCAUAACAUGCAAUCCAGAUCUGAUAGAUGUAAGCCACGUGAAAAGUGGAAACGAAAUUAUCAUGACAGUAAAGCAGACGGCAAGCACGCAGUUAGAUGAAUAUGUUUGUACCCUUUCUCCUUUUCGUGGUGAAAGGACUUUUCCUGACAUCAGUAGGGACGUAUUUUUUGGAGACGAAAUUCUCGGUUUUCAGGCGUGGCUAGAUCAUGCUGAGACGUACUUAGAAGUUGGAGAAACUUAUCAUUUCGAGGCCAGUGCCACACAUGGCUCAGAUAUCUCAAUACUUUGGGCAUUUGAAGAUAAUGUAACACAAACUUUUACAUAUAGUGAAGACUUCACUUACAUGGAUUUCAAUCACACAUUUAACAGCCCUUGGACCAAUGUUACUGUAAGUGCGAGCAACGCUGUCAGUAAUGCAUUUGCAACCGUCCCCCUGACAGUGAUUUAUGCUUUGAAUGGGAUCAGCUUCAAUGUAAGUAAUAACAAGCGAACGACAACCCAGACUGCCCAGUUUGAACUCGAUUUUGAUGCCGGAACAUUGAUUUCUAUGGGAACAGUUAACAUUACAAUGACAUUGCACGACGGAAACGCACCUGUAAACAUUAUUGUUGACACCGAGGAAACAUUACCACCGUCACCGCUGUUUCAGGAUGACGUCAUUUAUGAUAUCCAGGGAAAUUAUAACGUCACAGUUGUUAUUGAAAACCCCAUAUCUUCCAUGGUUCUGUUUAAGAACAUGCAAAUAUGGGAUAAACUGAAUGGCAUAGACUUGGAGUGUAUGACUAACUGUCCGAUAAUAGUAACGAACACACAGACGAGACUGGAAUUUACUGGUGUACCUCGAUCAGGAUUCGAAUACUCUAUUGAUAUGAAAGAUUUGAAUGGAACAGUAUUUCAGAAUUUCAAUUCUUCUAUCUUGUAUGAAUUGUACAGUUUGUCUUAUUUUAACCACACUUACACCAGUCCAGAAAAUUAUAGUGUAGAGUGGAACGUUUCAAACGGCAGAUACUCUGAAAAUGGGAUAAGAUGGAUCGUUGUGCAAAAUGAACUCACUGACUUUCAGGCAUUUUUAGAUCACACGAUGAUAUAUUUGGCUGUUGGGGACACGUAUAAUUUCUUUGCAAAUGCAACAUCGGGGACAAAUAUGUCUCUUGACUGGCAAAUGGAGGAAAACAUAACAGAAACACAGACAUAUUCUGGAGAAUUUUCAAUUGGUUAUCUGGCGUAUGCUUUUACUAAGCCAAAGCAUAACAUCUCAGUCAUCGCCAGGAAUCUGGUCAGUUCCCAAACAGUCGAAGUGGCAGUUGAAGUAUUCUACAAAAUAAACAACUUCAAGUUCUCCGUCGAAAACACAUUGGGAAACACAACUGAACCCGUUGAGUUUGAUCUUUAUCUAAUGCCAGUAGCUAAUUUACCAAUGAAUGACGUGAACAUCUCUAUCAAUUUCAAGCACGGCAAUUUUGUAACCGAUGACAUUUCAAUUGAUGAAGCAUAUGGAGUGGAUAAAAGUCACCUCUACAAUCAUUUGUUUGAUAUGCAAGGUAGUUUUUCGGUAGAAGCUAGACUUACAAGCAUAUUAGGUUUUGCAGACUAUAGCAUAGACAUGAGAAUAUGGGAUACUCUCUUACCUAUGGAGCUAGAAUUCAUUAAUGGAUUUGGAAAGUACAUCAUCACAAAUACAGUUGCUGAGUUCAAUUUUACAAAUAUUCCAAAUUACGGAUUCAAAUACACUAUCGAUUAUGGUGAUGGGACCUCGGAAUCGAAUGUUGAUGAUAGUAUUUUAUAUAAUAAAUAUAAUCUCCCUUUGUUUACGCACGUAUACACAAGUCCCGGGGUGUACAUUCUGCGCUGGACAGCGGUAAAUGGGGAACCGAUCUACAACCGAGCAGAACACUUUGCUAUUCACGUACAGAACAAGGUACCAGAUACUGGCUAUACUCAUGAACCUUUAGGAAAGAAAUAUCCUUGGUCAGUUCUACAAAAUAUGAGUCUGAAUUUGAACAUUACUUUGGACGUAGGUGUUCCCGAACCCACAAAUGCUACCUGUAUAUUUGAUCCGGACGAUGGUACAGGCACCGUUGAAGAUCUUACCUAUGACAACUCAUUUUUCCAACGUUCUCACGACUACCAUACAGAGGGGUUUUUUAACGCGACGUUUAACUGUUCCAACAACGUCAGUAACCACACAUACACAUUUGACAUAGAAGUAAGAAAAUACGUGGCAUCGGAUCUGUCGCUUGUAUUCCACAAUUAUGUUCCUCUGAAUGUUUCUGACACCGUUGUUGUCUAUUUUCAUAUUGACAAUGGAGGUUUUGCUCUGAUUCCCUACUUUGUAUAUUUAGACUUGGAUUAUGGAGACGGGAGCACCUCCAGAAGACGCCGUUCUCCGGUAUUAUAUGACAAAACAACUUAUAGUCACUUGUACUCAGAACGUGGCAAUUACACUGUAACCGUAUUUGUAGAGGCUCAAAUCUCUAACACAACAAACACAAUUGCUUACUCUUUGCGACUAGGUUUAAUGUAUUUUGAAUACAAUACUACCGUGCAAUUUAUUGACACAACAUAUGUUCGAUACACAAUGUAUGGCGUGAAAGGAACUUCAAAUUACACAAUAGAUUUUAACGACACUACUGCUGAUGGACAGUGCAGUUCUUCUGGUUUCUCCAGCUGUGACAUCCAUCAUUUAUGUCCCGAGUAUGGAUACCAUCUUGUGCAGGUUGUUGCAACUAAUGGAUCAUUCAUAGAGGUGGAUAAUAUGAACAUGACCUGUGAUAAUCCAAUCGUUAAUAUCACCACCGAUAUUCCUUACACGGUUGCCAUUCCAAAUGGUACAAUAGACGCAAAGUUAAGGAUUAAAGAAGACGACUUGUACCUUCCAAAGCUCAACUGUAACUGGAAUAUGGGUGAUCCAAUAAGACGUGAAACGUACGGACCCAUUUCGCAAGAGGUGACAUAUGCAAGUCCUUUUCUAUUUAAUUUUCAGUAUAUUGCACUAGGAAGACACACAAUCACUAUUGACUGUUGGAAUUUGAUCAAUGACACAAGACUUGAAACGCAGAUAACAGUUACCAACAAAGACUUUCUGUUCACCGGCGUCUUUGACAGGUUUUACUCACAGGAAGAUUCACCUAUGUACAUUUCGUCUAUGCUUGAUACCGAAAUAUUCAGUCGUUUGGAAAUCGUGGCUAGUUCAGCAGAGAAAUCUCACACAAAUCUUUGGAAACUCAAUGUAUCUGUAGGGGAAACAAAACCAAACCGGCACGGUUUACUGUUCACACGUGGUCUUGUAGAGGAAGACAAAUACUACAUCAUCCUCCAAGUUUGUUUCAAUGAAGAACCAAACAAUUGCAUUUUUGAACCUACUUAUGCCAAAUUUGUGAUGCCACCACCUCACGCUGAGAUAGUUGGAAGUAAACGGAGAUACAUCAAAAGAGGGUCUGUGACAAUUGAUGCUUACAGUUUGUCAUUUGACCCAGUAUUUCCAGACGUUUCAAAUCUCACUUUCGGUUGGUCCUGCAUCAGUUAUGACGCAGCAGACUUCGAUGAAGCAGCUGACAAGUUUGCAUCAAAUGCAAACGGAAGUUCAUGUUCAUACACUGAAUAUUCUGCUGGUGUUUUGACGCUAGAUACAAGUGCUAACCCUACAAAAUCACACUAUGUUGUUACAGUUACGGUUGACAAUAACAGAGGAAUGGGUGCUACAUUCACUCAGAUUUUAGCCGUUGAAAACUAUGAACCUCUAACCAUCAAAUGUAAGAUAAAUUGCCUAGCGAAAGUGGCGAGAAGCUCUAAACUUCAGUUGAUACCAAACCUUUCCAAUAACUGCCCAGCGACCUUUACAUGGACUUUAAAGAAGUAUUCAGGAUCAGUGUAUGAGGAUGUAAACCUUGCAAGUGUCGCAUCUGACGCCGGGAUCAAAUCACGGUCAUUGACAAUUGAAAAUAACACGUUAGAAUAUGGCACAUGGUACCUCGUAUCGCUGAGAGUUAUCCUCAAUGGUGUGACGUACGGCCCAGCAUAUUAUGAGUUUUUGACAAACAGACCGCCACAGGGAGGGUUUUGUCAAGUUGUACCUUUCAAUGAAACAACACUUAUACCUAUGGAAGACAAGGAGCUUGAAAAUACGACAACAUCGUCAAGUGAAUACAAUCUGAUAGCUGGAAUAGACGUCUUCAACUUAACUUGUCAACGAUGGAAAGACGAGGGAUUCACAGACAACACAUUCUCGAGCGAGGAGCCGUUAUUCUAUCUUUACUUUCUCUCAUAUAGUGGUGUAGACGAUAACGAUAACAAACGACAGUUAUUAUAUUUUGACCCGGGUGCAACAUCAAAUUUGGUAUCUUUCCAAGUUGGAAAUGCUAAUAAUGAUUUCAAGGCAACAGUAGUUCUACGAAUAACAGAUGUGUUUGGUGAUUAUACAGAUGUGAGAUACAACGUCAAGUCUAAACCACCCCUUACGACGGCAGAUCUUGCCGGUCUCAGUAAUGAUGCAAUGUUAAAAAAGACGUCAGAUUAUAUUGAUCAGUUCGACGAAGGUCUUAUUAAAGCCAAUAGGACGUAUGACUACAGAACUAUCUCCAGAAAGGUUAUGGACAUUUCGUCUGUAUAUAAUGAGCUGGCCCUGAAUACAUCCUCUGGCAUUAUAUUGUCACCAGAAGAUCUUUUGUCUCUUGGGUACGUUAGAACUGAAGACGAAACAUUACUCGGUUGGCAAGAUUACUGGAAAAUCAUUGUAGAAGUGGUCGAUACAAAGACAACGGAUUAUCUCAUACAGGUUGGCGAGAAACAUGCAUACAUGCUGCAUGCUUGCGUCUUCACAUGGCCGCCGACAAAAAGAAUGACACUGGUUGCUAUAGAAACUAUAAGUCUAGCUCUAAAUGAAUCUACAGCAGUAACUGACUAUUCAAACGUCACAGCUGCGAUACUGAAUGCAGAAGUUUCAAACAUUUUGGCUAGAAAUUUAGCUCACAUUUCAGACGACCGCGUUUUUCCGCACACUGAACAACUGUUAGCUGCUGCUCUUGGUGUGCUUGACGUAAUUCGGAAUCAGUUGGCAAUUUUACAAACGGUUUUAACACCAAAUCUUCCACAAGAUCCAACCGUAGAUGAAAUGAGAAAAUACCUUGAAUACAUCAGCGUGUUUAAGACAACAGAAGAGGUUCUAAAUGCACCAUUAAGUCUUCAAGAACAGACGUUUCUUGCACAGAAGCAGUUACAGAAAUAUUAUCUUCAGAAAUACAUCAAGUCAGAAGCAUCGAAGAGGGCUCUACCAGACUUGACAUACGCAUUACGAAAUCUAACAUAUGUUUUGGGGAAAAUGUUAGUGCUCGGACAGGAAGAAAUAAAACUUGAGAAUGACUUUGUCUACAUUUCCGUGGAGAUCAAACCAGCAUAUUCUUUAGUUGGACAGAACAUCGAACGCCCUCGUGUUGCCUUAGAACUAAAUGAAUUAGUUGAAGAUAACCCUGAGGCUUGUAAUUCAAGCGAAAUAACGCUAAGGACAGUAGUGUUCAAAGAAAAUCCCUAUUUCUGGGGCCAGUUUGCUGAUCGAAUAACUUCAUAUGUACCGGUGUUUGAAAUUGAUGGGGCUAGACUUACAAGUGAGAAAAUCACCUAUAGGUUGGAAAACGAGAUAGAGGCAAGCUGUAUAGACCAGGAUCCAACAUACGAAGAAGAUGAUCCAGACAAGAUGAUUUACAUUCUGUUUGAUAGGCAACAUGCAGAAGAUGAUUUUCUCAUAUUUGUUAGACCUAAUACAAGUGACCUGAUUUACGAGCUGUAUUUCAACAAGGACGAAAAGCCAAAGAUUUCCGAAGAUAAAUAUCAGUAUUCAACAGAGAUGAUAAAGAAUGACGAUACAUGGACCUUGGAAGAUGGUUACAAAUUACGUAUAAGGUCAAGUGAAUACUCGGAGACAGGAAAAAUCUGGAUUGCAUUAAGACCAUUGCUUGAAAAUUCUGGGGAUUUGUCCCUGCUGACAAGAAAGUUCUGCGCCAAUGUGACAAGUGUUAAUUGUUUGGCAUGGAGACAAAAAAGUGGAUCAGAGGAUUACUUCUGGGACAAGGACGUGUGCGAGGUGUCGCUUUCCAGUACCCGCUCAGUGACUUACUGCACGUGUCAGAAUACAAAUGAUACUAUGACAGUUGGCACUACUUUUUAUGUACCAUACAACAAGGUUGACUUUAAAACUCUCGAUUCUCUAAGCGAUGCUAUAGGGCGUUCACCAGUUAUCGGUAUGAUGAUAGCAACAGUGUGUGUUUAUAUAGUUCUUGUGAUAUGGGCAUGGAGGGAGGAUUUAAAGGAUCAGUAUAAGUGGUCCUAUUCUUUGAUGAUUGACAAUGAUAUUGCUGAUAGCUAUUUCUAUAUUGUCCGUGUAUUCACGGGUCUACGAACUGGGGCAGGAACAGGGUCAAAAAUUGGUUUUGUCCUCGUUGGAGAAGACGGUGAUACAAAUAUAAGGAUUAUGGACGAUGACAGUCAUAUUGGCUUUGAGCGUGGAAGUAUACGUACUUUUGUGAUGAGUACCCGGAAAUACCUAGGUGAGCUGAUAUGUUUACGAAUAUGGCACGACGAUUCUGGCGGAAAUGACUCCUCGUGGUACCUUAACAAAGUCAAUGUUACAGACCUAAAAAAUGGAAUGAGAUACACAUUUGUUUGUAACCAGUGGUUCGACUACGACAGCGGUGAUACCCGUGUUGACCGUGUGCUCAAUGCACAACGCUAUGAAGAAGUCCGUUCUUAUCAGGACAUGAUCGCAUACACCAUUGCAGAGCAUCAUCAUUGGCUGUCUGUAGCCUUGCGUCCGAUAAGGAGUAACUUUACAAGAGUUCAACGCCUCUCCUGCCUUCUCGGUCUUGUCUAUCUAACAAUGAUUAUUUGCACGAUGAUUGUGGAGAUCCCAGAUGAAAAUACCCUCAUAAAUCAAGCAGUUAUCGGUCCAUUCAGAUUCUCGAUUGAAAACUUCAAAGCGGCAUUGAUAUCAGUGACUGUAUCUUCCGUUAUCAUUAUCAUCGUAUCGAUCUUUUUUAGAAAUGCUGAAGCCGCUGAAAAUAGCCAAAACAUUGAUUCGGCUAUAUGCAAAGCGUAUCGAAAAGUUAAUGAAAAAUUGAAAUUAGACAGUUCGGUACUUGCAAAAAGAUAUUGGCCUCCGGCAGAGGAAGCCUUAGAGCAUGACUAUUUUUUCCUGCCCCAUUUCUGUGUCUACAUCGGUUGGACUAUCCUUGCAAUGGCAGUUUUUCUUGCAACAUUUCUCUUAGUGUCGUUCAGUGCUGAUUGGGAACUUAUAAAGUCAGAAGAAUGGAUGACUGCAGUGUUCGUUUCCUUUCUAACAUCAGUUCUUCUGAUUGAAGGUGUAAAGAUAAUGAUAAUAAUAUUAAUCUACUCGCUGAUGUGUCAAAGGGCUUACGAACCGCUGGAACCUUAUGUAGACAUCGACAGGCUAGAAGAAAUAACUAAAUAUAAUUCUGCUACACUUACCAUUGGACCACAAUUCAACAGUGUACUGUAUAAACCUGCGAAUCCAAGUAAAGCGACAUUGGAAAAGAACAAAGUAAAACGCAUACGCAAUCAUCAACUGUUGAAGAUCGUCUCUCAACUGGUUGUGUAUAGUGCGCUCUUAUACAUGGUGUACACAAUCAGCUACGAAAGUAGAGAUCCACGAUCUUUCUAUUUAAAAAAUCACGUUGAACAACUAUUUCAAUUUACGUCAGAGGUAAGGGAUCUGGAAUCGUAUACAAACUGGCUCAAAGGGACAUUUAUCAACACCUACUUUUCCAAGACAUUUUUCGGGGCAAACUACGAGGGAAACGAAAAUAAAAUCUAUAUGGAAGAUCUUAGUAAUGUUCGUGUUGGACCUGCCAGAUUGCGUCAGUUACGGAUUAGACAAGAGGACUGCAUUGGUCCACUAGGUGUAAACUUGACAUGUCAUAACAAAUAUGAAGAUGAAAAGAAAGAAAUGCAGAACUUUUGCCUAGGAUGGAAGAACCAGCCUUGUCCGGUUGCAGAGAAAUCAACAUACUUCUCUUCAGCUGCAUGGGAAUUUACAUCUGCAGAUGAAGUUUGGGGUUUUCCGACAGUAGCCCAGUAUUGCACUUACGGAGGUGGUGGCUAUUUUAUGAAACUGGAUGUAAACAGAGAUGUUUGUGAAAUAAUUUUUGACGAAUUGGUGCAGUUUACAUGGUUCGAUGUUCAAACUAGAGCAGUUAUUCUAGAAUUUACAUUGUAUAAUGCUAAUACAAAUUUAUUUGUCUACUCGAAAUUUGCCGCUGAAUUUCCAGAAUUUGGAGGUUUCCUGCCUUACCUAGACAUCCAAGUAUUUCGACUAUUUCUUAACACGGGGUCUAAGGGCGAUUUCCUCUUGUUCCUUCAAUUUUUCUUUCUGCUUUUCGUAAUAGCGGCAACAUUCGCAUUAGCUUACCAAAUGUUCACGGACGUGAAAGCAUUUUUCAAGUCGGUUUGGAACAUGUUGGAUAUUGUAGCCUUGAUAAUGAGUUACACAACAAUUUCAAUUUUCAUUUACAAAAUAUUUAUUAUACGGAAAACGAUCGAAGUAUUUGAGAAUGACAAAAAUGAAUAUGUUGGAUUCGAAAACCUUGCUUUCUAUGACUUUAUAACGAAUACAGCUUAUGGUGUUUUAGUGUUCUUGUUGUCUGUAAGAGUUUCGCGCAUCCUCGGAUACAGUGGGAAAAUCAACGAAAUGGCGGCAGUUAUAUCGCAUGCAGCAAGCGAUCUUUAUGGAUUCUUACUUAUCUUUGCUAUUACUUACUUUUCUUAUGUUAUCUGUGGAACUCUUCUGUUUGGAAAAGAGCAGGAAAAAUAUAAAGAUGUAUUUCAAACAUACGGUACCUUAACUGAGGCAAUAAUUGGAAAGAACAGAGUGUCUAAUAUUCUCACCGCCAAACCAGGAUUCGCUGAAUUUUACUAUUUUACAUUUGUGCUGUUUGUGCUCAUGACCUUAGCGACCAUGGCGGCAGCCAUUUUGAACUUCAGCAUUUCAAUGGUCAGGAAGGAACACCAGAAACUAGCGCCCACAAAUAUUAUAGAGGUUGUCUUUGACAGAAUUGGUAAAUUACUGAAUAAGUUCGGACCAUCUAAGUAUGAAAAAACAGAUAAGGAGAGACGGAGGAGGGAUUCUGAUACAGAACUUAAUGACAUACUAACUGACCUUCGUGUCUUCAUCCAUGGAUUUAGAUCAAAGAAGUCGAAGUCAAGCGACAAAUACAGAUUAACUGGUGAUCACGAAGAAGAUUCAAAGUAGAUAUGUCUGUGUGCCUUCUAAGAUGGUGUUAUGCCGGUUGUUUUUCUAUUACCGUUAACUUUACCUGAAUAGAGCUAAAAUUUGAAAAUGACCAUCACGAACCCGGCCCACUGUACAGAUUUGACCUGUACCCUCAUUUUUGAAAGGAAACAUUUUCCUAUUUAUCUAUUAAAUGUUAAUUGUUGAGAUCACACUUUGCCGUUCCCGAUACUAACUUUGUUAUUUCAAAGCUGUUGAAACGUUAUCUAUGUAUGUUACCUUAGAUAGUAGAUAGAACAGUCAUGUGGGAAAAAGUUCGCAAAUUGUUUCCUUGAAUUUCUAAAUAUUUGUUAUAUAGUUCUAUGCAUAGGAAGGCAGCAUCGACAGUUUUCUUUCCAUCAGCUAUUUAUCAACGUAUUUCGUAUAGUUGAAGUUUGUUGUUUUAAAAUUGGGCCAGGGGUGGGAUCACUUUUUCCAUAUUUACAUAAUGAAAUCUUUACAAAUUCUGGUUUGCCCUAUUUUGACAUAAUUUUAUAUAAAUAUAAAAAGGAUCAAUGGGUGACGUUACUACAUAUGUUAAUGUCAUUCAGGUUUGUUACAAAAUUGGUACUCGGAUAUCUUAUAGUCGUUUUCCUAUACAUGUAUAUAGUUGAAAAAUUAAAUAUCUUUUCAGAGUCUGCUAGCCAGGUUUUAAAGGGAUUUUGGGGGGAUGAACCUAAGGUUCCUAAUCUUCGUAAAUCCAUGGUCAGCAGAACUAAAUAUCCGCGACAUAGUAUUAUCGUAAAUCAUUGAUUCGACUUAAAAAAAUAAAAAUACAGGACUUUUUUUGUUUGCCCUUCAACUGUGUUUCUUGUUUGUCAAAAGCAUGGCCGGUAAACGGUGUUAUAAAUUUCCCCUAUACACAUACAGUGGGAAAUUCAAAACUGGUCUCGUCGGAAAGUUUUGUUCCAAAUUCCAAAUUAUGUCAAAGGAAUAUCUUUUAGGCCCUAUAAAUCAAGAUGGUUCAGCUAGGCCCGGUUCGUCAAACACAUGACCGCAUCCCCUUUAUGUAUAUUAUGGGGACAUAAAAGGGGUCUUCUUGUCAAAAACUGUGGACACGAUAUUGAAAUAACUUCACACACAUUACCUUGGGUGAUCCUCUACCAAAAUAGCUCAUAUUAAUACGUAGGAAAAGUAAUAAUGGGAACUUACUGUCCAAUUUAAAAAAUAAAUCACACAAAGUUUCUCAUUUGAUUAUUCCGAUUCGUUAAAAACAUUGCCACGAGGGCUAAACAUAAAAAUGUCUCUAAACAACAUUUUAUCAUUUAACCGAUUUUGAAUAAACUUUUACGGAAAUAUCACUAUCUAGCAAAAAAAAUCAUAUGAUUCUUAUUUGCAAUAAAUAUGAUUCCCAAAACUACAAAUAGAAAAAAAUGCCAUCUAUCCAAUUUCGAAUAAAUUUCACAGAAAUUUCUUCAGUAACCCUCUACUUAAAUUUCAGAUCAAUCUAGCUUGUAAAAUAAAUGCAUUGAUGUUGUGUGAGUGUCUGCUUUUCCCUGUUUGGCUCUAGCUCAAUUUGUUGUACAUUUUUAUAGCUUAGCAAAAUGCAUGUAUAUAUAUAUAUAUAUAUAUAUAUAUAUGUCUGCUCUGAUGAUUAUGAUAUGAAACCGUUAGGUAGACAGAAAUACAGAUAGAGGAAACCCAUUGGAUGUUUUUCUUUUAUAUAUAUAUAUAUAUAUAUAUAUAUAUAUGCUAUUUGUUUAAAUGUAUGAUCCAUUCUUUAUUGGGAAUACCUGUGAUUAGUAAUAUACGGUGAUAAAAAUUGUGAUAUUGUGCAUGAAGUUUUAUGAUUACUUUAAAAAUUGUAUAUACAUUAAUAAUCGUUAUCUUUUGAAGAUUCACUAGUGAUACGACAACAAAUUUAAAAUACCCGGUAUACAUGUUGAGUUUUUGUUUACAAAAUACUCUGUUACUGUUUGCUCCGUUGAAUAUUUUUUGUUUGUUAUUGAUUUGAUAUCCGUUGUAAUGUCAUACUAUAGUAAUUUACUUAUAUAUUUUUAUUGAUGAAUAAAUGUUAUCCUCAGUUUGAAAACACUGGAUAUUUAUCAUCAGUCUCAUUUAUAUCAAAUUUCGAUGCUGAUAUGCAUGGGGCUUUGUUAAAUUCAUAUAGAAAAAAUAAAAUUUAGUGAUUUUUUAAA